CUGUUACAAUGCUGCCCUCCACAGUUCACCAGUGACCCCAGAUACAGAGAAUACUCAGCAUUAACCCUGCUAGAAACACACUUUUAAUUCUAAUGUUAUGGCUUUAUCAUGGUAGAAGAUGCUGUUUUCUUCUUAUCUUUUUCUAAUAAUAUCCAACAGGCUGUACAAUAAGAGGUGCAAUGCCACCUGCCACAAGAAAAAAGUUUCUCAGUUCCUCACCACAUCAUAAGGCUGUUUCUCUCCCUCUUCCAUUUCUCCACUGCCUCCUUGGUGUCUGUGCUUGUGCCAUGGAAUGUUAACAAGGACCUUUGAAUCCUUUGAACCCUAAAAUGGUUAUGACCUUGCACUUUCUCUAGAGCGAAAAGACAAAAGGAAGACGCGAGAAGAGGCAGUAAUGCACCAUCUCAGACGCCGGCUGUCAUAAAACAAUAAUAACAAGUAAACAACAUACUGUCACCAUCAGAUGAGGAUAAGAAUGGAUAGUAAAUGGGAAGCUACACCCAAUGAGAUGGGUGGAAGCCUGACAGAUGAAAGAAACAUGGAGCAACCAGAUGAGCGGUCUCCUGCGCCUCAGGCCACAGUCUAUGUAGAGCAGAUCACAGAGGAGAUGGGUAAGGCUGGCGAAGCGUCCCAGAUGGAAACUGUAUCAAGGGAGAACGAAGGUCUGAUCUGGGCUCUGCUGAAACAGCUGCGGCCAGGUAUGGACCUGUCCAAGGUGGUGCUGCCCACGUUCAUCUUAGAGCCACGCUCCUUCCUGGACAAGCUGUCGAACUUCUACUACCACGCUGAUCUGCUCUCACAAGCCGCGUUGGAGGAGAGUGCGUAUGGUCGCAUCAAGCAGGUGUUGAGAUGGUACUUGUCCGGUUUCUACAAGAAACCAAGGGGUCUGAAGAAGCCCUACAACCCAAUCCUGGGGGAAACAUUUCGCUGCUGCUGGCGUCAUCCUCAGACUGACAGCUGCACCUUCUACAUAGCUGAACAGAUCUCCCACUCUCCACCCAUCUCUGCCUUUUACAUCUCCAACAGGAAGGAUGGGUUUGCUAUCAGUGGGAGCAUCCUGUCCAAGUCCAAAUUUUAUGGUAACUCUGCAUCGGCUAUUCUGGACGGCAAAGCCAAGCUGCUGUUCUUGAACAGAAAUGAGGAGUAUGUCAUCACUAUGCCAUAUGCUCACUGCAGAGGUAAGCAGGUCUACAGUAAAUAACUAAGUCUGGUCCUAUUGUUGCUCUCUGCUGCCUCAGGUCCUCAUGCCUAAAACAAUUGCCAUCCAAACCAGGAAUGUGUUUACUGG